AUGGGGACGUCCCGCCAGGCCUUCCUGGUCUUCGGCUGUCUCCUCACAGGUAUGCCGAGCCUAAUCCUCUGCCAGCUCUCAUUACCCUCUAUCCUUCCAAAUGAAAAUGAAAAGGUUGUGCAGCUGAAUUCAUCCUUUUCUCUGAGAUGCUUUGGGGAGAGUGAAGUGAGCUGGCAGUACCCCAUGUCUGUAGAAGAGGACCCCAAAGUGGAAAUCAGAAAUGAAGAGAACAACAGUGGCCUUUUUGUGACAGUGCUGGAAGUGGUCGGGGCCUCGGCAGCCCACACUGGAUUGUACACUUGCUAUUACAACCACACGCAGACAGAAGAAAAUGAAGUUGAGGGAAGGGGUAUUUAUAUCUAUGUGCCCGACCCAGAUGUGGCUUUCGUGCCCCUAGGGAUGACAGAUUAUUUAAUCAUCGUGGAGGAAGAUGAUUCUGCAGUCAUACCUUGUCGCACCACGGAUCCAGAGACUCCUGUAAUCUUACGCAACAGUGGGCUGGUGCCAGCCUCCUAUGACAGCAGGCAGGGCUUCAAUGGCACCUUCAGUGGGCCCUACAUCUGUGAGGCCACUGUCAAAGGGAGGAAGUUUCAGACCAUCCCAUUUAAUGUCUACGCUUUGAAAGGUACAUCCCACCUUACUGUACAAAUGGAGGCUCUUAAAACUGUGUACAAGUCAGGGGAAACGAUCAUGCUCACCUGUGCUGUUAACAAUGAGGUGGUUGACCUAAAGUGGAAGUACCCUGGAGAAGUGUAGAAAGGCAAAGGCAUCACGAAGCUGGAGGAAAUCAAAGUCCCAUCCAUCAAAUUGGUGUACACUUUGACGGUCCCCGAGGCCACGGUGAAAGACAGUGGAGAUUACGAAUGUACUGCCCGCCAGGCCCUUACGGAGGUCAAAGAAAUGAAGAAAGUCACCAUUUCUGUCCAUGAGAAAGGGUUCGUUGAGAUCAAACCCACCUUUGGCCAGUUGGAAGCUGUCAACCUGCAUGAAGUCAGACACUUUGUGGUGGAUGUGCAGGCCUAUCCCCCUCCCAGGAUAUCCUGGCUGAAAGACAACUCAACUCUUAUUGAAAAUCUCACCGAGAUCACAACUGAUGUGGAAAAGAUUCAGGAGAUAAGGUAUCGGAGCAAAUUAAAGCUCAUCCGUGCUAAGGAGGAAGACAGUGGCCACUAUACAAUUGUAGUUCAAAAUGAAGAUGAUAUGAGGAGCUAUACUUUUGAACUGUUAACUCAAGUUCCCUCAUCCAUUCUGGAGCUAGUCGAUGACCACCAUGGCUCUGGUGGGGGACAGACUGUGAGGUGCACAGCUGAAGGCGUACCUCUUCCUGACAUUGAGUGGAUGAUUUGCAAGGAUAUUAAGAAAUGUAGUAAUGAGACUUCAUGGACAAUUUUAGCUAAUAAUGUCUCAAAUAUCAUCACGGAGAUCCACCCCCGAGAUGGGAGUACUGUGGAGGGCCGAGUGACAUUUGCCAAAGUGGAGGAGACAAUUGCAGUUCGAUGCCUGGCUAAGAAUCUCCUUGGAUCUGGGAACCGAGAGCUGAAGCUGGUGGCCCCCACCCUGCGUUCUGAACUCACUGUGGCAGCCGCAGUCCUGGUGCUGUUGGUGAUUGUGAUCAUCUCACUUAUUGUCCUGGUUGUCAUUUGGAAGCAGAAACCAAGGUAUGAAAUUCGCUGGCGGGUCAUUGAAUCAAUUAGCCCCGAUGGACAUGAAUAUAUUUAUGUGGACCCGAUGCAGCUGCCUUAUGACUCGAGAUGGGAGUUUCCAAGAGAUGGACUAGUGCUUGGUCGGAUCUUGGGAUCUGGUGCAUUUGGGAAAGUGGUUGAAGGAACAGCCUAUGGAUUAAGCCGGUCCCAGCCUGUGAUGAAGGUAGCGGUGAAGAUGCUCAAACCCACAGCCAGGUCCAGUGAGAAACAAGCUCUCAUGUCUGAGCUGAAAAUAAUGACUCACCUGGGGCCCCAUUUAAACAUCGUGAACUUGCUGGGAGCCUGUACGAAGUCAGGCCCCAUUUACAUCAUCACUGAGUACUGCUUCUAUGGGGAUUUGGUCAACUAUUUGCAUAAGAAUAGGGAUAGCUUCUUGAGCCACCACCCAGAAAAGCCGAAGAAAGAGCUGGACAUCUUUGGAUUGAACCCAGCUGAUGAGAGCACACGGAGUUACGUGAUUUUGUCUUUUGAAAACAAUGGUGACUACAUGGACAUGAAGCAAGCUGACACCACUCAGUAUGUGCCCAUGCUAGAAAGGAAAGAGGUCUCUAAGUAUUCAGACAUCCAGAGAUCACUGUACGAUCGUCCAGCCUCGUAUAAGAAGAAAGCUGUGUUAGACUCGGAAGUCAAAAACCUCCUUUCAGAUGAUAACUCAGAAGGCCUUACUUUGUUGGAUUUGUUGAGUUUCACCUAUCAAGUUGCCCGAGGAAUGGAAUUCUUGGCUUCAAAAAAUGUAAGUUCAAAGCAUGGAGAACUUUUUAGAUGCAACUAAAGAUUCAGAGUGAGGCGUAUGGAAGGAGACACUAGGAGGGACCCUGGAGUGGCAGUAAUGGCGGUUGCCUCCUGCUUACCUACCUCUCUGCCCCCUCCCUUGAGCAGGGCUGGGAACCAA